AAUCGAUCUUGUUGUGAUAGCAAGAUUGAGUCGCGUAUUUGAUACCAUUACAUAAGUAACCACUGCAACUCCUCCCCCAAAUCGCGAGCCCUAAUCUUUGCCACCAUGGAUCCACAGAGCCAGACUACUUCACUGCAGCGACUACAAAACGUCGAAAAGAGAAUAGUCAGGGUGCUAGAGCUAGCAGGUGGAGUAAUGGACGAAAUGGCAAACCCUAGUGGUCCUAGGAAGGAGCUCGUGAACAGCCAUUGCAGCGAAUUCAUGCAAUCAGUCAAGGAUAUUCAGAUGACGCUCCGAGAGGAAAUCAAGAGCGCGUGUGAGUAUCGGCCUUUUGAGAAGUGUGAUUAUGUUCCAAGAAUAUCGAACGAGAUCUGUUGCAAGAAAUUGGAAUAUCUGAUUGCACAGGUAGAUGAGAUGAGGCGAACAAUUGAUGAAUUUAAUGAAGCUUGAGAAUGCAGAACCUGUUGCAUUUAUGGAGAAUCGGAGAUAUGAUUAUGAUUCAAUUCCGUUGGUGGGUCGGUGACUCAGCCUGCUGUGUAAAAUGAGGGAUGCAAUCAAUACUACUAUGUAAAUUCACCUUAGGUCUUUAUGUUUGCUGUUGCUCUCUUUCUUUGUGAUGCCUUUUGUAGUUUCCAGUAUUAUGCUGAGGAUUUUUUUUUCUGGUUUUUGUCUGUCCUAUAAUUCUAUUCACCUUUGAAGUGUCUCUCUUAUUCACCUUAGAAGGAUUAGUUCAGAGUUAAAAGGAAGUCUUUCAUGCUUUUGUAGUAGGGAAAUGGGCUGAUUGUUGAUUAUAGUUGGUGAAGAAUGAAAUGAAAAUCGUGUUGCUUUAAAUUAA